CGUGAUGUUGUAGUAGGCUACACUGACUGCUCGAGCUCUGUUGUGGCAGUGCAUGGUUAUAACGGCAAGACGGUGGAAAUGAUUUGAAUAUGAAUAGAAAGCUAUGCAAUACUGCUGGUGUAAUGCUCUAAAUGUAAUCUAAUAGAGAAUAUAGUAAUUUAUCAACCUAUAUUUUCUCCCUUUGUUGUCAUACUGUUCAGAUAAAAAAAACGUGUGUUCGUUACUCAAUAUCCAAGUUUAGGCUACGGUGUAACUGUUAUGGCUACAUUCUGUCAGGUACAUGUAUAUAGCGUCUAGGAACCGUUGUUCAACUGAAACAUUCUGUGAAGUAAUGGGUUCUAAAUUGACCAGGCAAAGAAGUCUGGACCAAAUAGAAACCACAUUUUCCAACAGGAGACGCCAGCAGCAUGACAGCUCCGGAGAAACUGAGCAGAGUGGUGGCAGGGGAGGCGGGGAAUUAUUGUUUACAUCCCUGAUGCUGAAGUCAGAUAAACUCCCAGGGAUGCUGCGGAAAACCAAGCACAGCCCCUAUGUGAGACGGGUGGCAUGGAUCCGGGAAAUACAGAAGCUUCUUCGAGAACAGAAACAAGAACAUGCAGUCGAGGUGCUCAAAUUGCUAAGAAAGGACUUGGGACUCCAGGGAACAUCCCUCAAUGAUAUCCUCUAUAAGAACUCAGCCUUUCUCAACCUGGUGGAUCCAAUCUCCCAUGAGCUCUUGCUCAGCCUGGCCAAAGACAUGCAGUGCCCAAAGAGGGAAACAGAUACACUGAAGUCAUCCAACAAGAUCUGCAGACAGCUGAUAUUCCACCUGACCCCUCACUCCAAGUGGAUGAGACAAAGCCUUCCCAGGAGGAAGUCGCAGGCCUGUCUUAAAACCACACUGAAGAAGAAACUGACCAACGACGUGGCCAACCUGUCUGGCAUCCCUCUGUCUGGCCGAGACAUCCACCGGGUGGCCUGCUACCUCCAGAGUAACGGCAACUCUGUGUCGGCCGUGGACCUCAGCUUCACUGAGCUGCAGGACGAGAGCCUGCGUCUACUGCUGCCCUACCUGGGCUCCAUGCCCAAGCUCACCACCCUGGCCAUCAACGGCAACCGUCUGACGGUGGGCGUGCUGAAGGACCUGACGGAGGUGGUGAAGAACCCCCUGCAGUUCGCCAGCCUGGCAUGGGUGGACUUGGGCAACAACGUGGACAUCUUCACUGUGCCACAGCCCCUCCUAGUGGCCCUGCGUAGACGCUUCGGCCUCCGGAGCAGCCUGCCCACCAUUUACGAGUAUAGCGAGGUGCAGGUCUAUAGUAGUUAUACCCUGGAGACCUCUAUUGAAGAACCCAGCCAGUAUGAGGAGGAGGGAGAGGAGGAGGAGGAGGGAGAGGGAGAAGAGGAGGAGGAUAAGCUGGAGCUAGAGGCAUGGGGAGGUGGGGAGAAGUGUGUAUCCACGAUUGUGGCUCUGAACUACUGUGAGAGGUGAUGAGUCAGAGCCAGCAUUGUAAUUUGACAACCCUUUGUACCCUACUGUCCCCUCACCUUGGCCUGAGCCCUGCCUCCCGUUUCAGCAUGUGUCAUCAUCGCAGGAGAAGCUUGGGGUCACCAAAUUCAUAAACCACUCACGAGGAGAAAACCCUGUUUUGUGUUGUCUCUUUAUAUGUUCCGAUUGCAGAGAGAGUUCAAGCCAGUUUGGCCAGAAAAUGUACAUUUGAGAAAAAACAGACUUCUUCUGUUGGUAAAGACAUAGGUAUUCUAGGCACUGCAGUGAUAUUUUUACUGUGUCCUCCUGCGUAUGUCAUUCUUUAUGAGCAAAGCAAUCCUACACAACAGGAGUAAGACAGAUUAGAUUUCACCUGACUGUUUUGGCUUUCUAAUGUCAAGUGCUUUUUUCUAAUGAGGUACUUCCAUGUAGCACAUGCAGAUUGGAUGACACAGUGGGAGGGUUUGUUUCUAUAAACAUGCUGCUGUGUUUUAUUCCACAACACACAACAUUUACUAAACGCUGAUUUCAAAACAGAUGGUUUUAAUUAUACAUCCACCAGAUUCACAUUUAUCCAAAAAUAGUUUUUAUCUUCCAAGUAGAGCAGACCCGACUAGGCUGUGAACCUCUGAGUGAGCCUCAACUGGCAGGUUCUGGGUCAGGCUGCCCUUGCCCUGAGCUGGGUGCUGGGGAGAGGACACCCUGUCUGUCUGUCUGUCUGUCUGUCUGUCUGUCUGUCUGUCUGUCUGUCUGUCUGUCUGUCAGGGAGUGAGGGAGCUGGGGAGUGGACACCCAGCCUGUCUGUCUGUCUGGGAAGGAGUGAGCUGGGGAGUGGACACCCAGGCUGUCUGUCUGGGAAGGAGUGAGCUGGGGUGGACACCCAGUCUGUCUGUCUGGGAGGGAGUGAGCUGGGGGUGGACACCCAGGCUGUCUGUCUAUCUGGGAGGGAGUGAGCUGGGGAGUGGACACCCAGGCUGUCUAUCUGUCUGGGAAGGAGUGAGCUGGGGAGUGGACACCCAGGCUGUCUGUCUGUCUGGGAAGGAGUGAGCUUGGGAGUGGACACCCAGGCUGUCUGGGAAGGAGUGAGCUGGGGGGUGGACACCCAGGCUGUCUGUCUGUCUGGGAAGGAGUGAGCUGGGGAGUGGACCCCCAGGCUGUCUGGGAGGGAGUGAGCUGGGGAGUGGACACCCAGGCUGUCUGUCUGUCUGGGAGGGAGUGUGUGUGGGCAGCUGAUGAACUGACUGCUGUCUCUGUCAGGUUGUGUAAGAGGUGACAAGGCAGACAGAUGGUGGGGAGAGGGGAAAAAAAUAUUCUAGCAUAACAGAAUUAUCUCUCGACUACAUCUUUCACCAUGGGUCAUAUGAAAGAUUCUAAUUGUGAAUCGUACCAUAAAGAAAUCAAAUGUACCCCUGUCUUUCAAAUGAAAGGCAAAAAUAUUGAGAUGAGGAAUGAGAUAAUAAAUUAUCAUCGGUACUGCUGUUUGCACAUAAUAUGAAACUGAAUUGCAAAUGAGAUGGUCAAAGGGAGCGUGUCACAGGUGUCUUUUUAGAUAUUUUGUUUAGUGUUCAACUUGAGCAUUAUUUUGAAUUGUUUUUUUAAGGUGACAUGAUGUUUACUGCAGCUCAACAAUAGUCUGCAGAGAACGUUUUAAAGAAAUGAUGAUGAAAUAUGUUUUUGUGUGUGUACUAGUUUGUGCACUCAUGUGGUUGUGUAUGUGUUUCUGUGUGCCCAGGUGUGUGGCUGUGUGUGUUUGUAAGUGCUCUGGACAUACAUGGUGUCCUCUAGAAGCCUAUUGUUUGCACUUUAAAUGCAAGAACAAGUCAAUGACUGUUAUCCAGUCACAAAUCUCUCAUUGAUCCAUUCUAGUGGAUAUUCAAUCUUCAUCCAAACCACCAUAGUCAUUACAAUAUGACUUCCAGCAUACCGUAUCUAUUUGUUUCCCACCUCAGUUUACUCUACAGUAACAACCAUGGUUUUCUCUGAAAAUUAUAGAAUACUGUUAAUAUGACUUCUUGCUAACUGCAACAAAAUAAAUACAUGUUACAAUUAUUUGGUCAUUUUUGUUGUUUGUUUUUUAACCGUAUUAACUGAUGUUAUUUCCCCCAAGACAAGGCCAUAGGAGCUACUCACAUUAUUUUCAUCAAGAAUAUCCCCCUCUAUAGUUUGAUAGCUUUCCAAUACAUCAGCUGGAUUUUCUGCCAGGGUUUGUGUUUUGGGUGAGUGAAAUGGACGUGAGGCCCAGCCCUGUAUGGAGCUGCCAGUGUGAGAGUAAUAUCACCAUGGUACUUGACUGUGACUACUCUGCUUGGUAGUCACUUCCCUGGUCAUAGGGGAAGUACCGUUGUGUCAGGCCAUCCAUCUUAUGCUCUUAUUAGGCCUGUAGAAGUCAUGUUGGAGCUGUCAGGUAAGAGGGGAUCCUGGGCCAAUGUGUAGCUGGCAUUGAUCCAGGCAGACUAGUGUAACAAACCACGCUUAGCAUUCCUUCUAAUAGCAUCUCCAAGGCAAAGAGCUCAUUCACAGGUUCAUGUUAUAUGGUCUUAUGACAAAAGCUCUGCUGCAGGGUACAGUAGAUUAUCACUUUCCCAUGACCAAUGUGGGUCUGCUGACGUAAAACACUAAGAUGUUUUCGUUUUUCGCCAAAUUCAGCCCAAUGUCAGUUUUAAAAUGUCCUAUGUGAGCCUUUAUAAUGAUUCUGAGAGGACACCACUUGCAUUGUUCAUGGUUAGUCAAGCUUCCACAGACCAGUGUUUUUUAAUCCAAUUCCUCAGCCUUGGGAUGUGUACAGAUGCUGCUUUUUGACUGUAACACCAGUGUUACACUAGUGCAUAGACCCUUAUGUUAUACUAGGGAAAUAAUGUUUCCAUAGCUAGGGCUGACAGUGAGGACAUGCGAAGAGCAGAAUCAACAAUAUCUGCGUUAUCAAAACAGGUGCAUUGUGAGAAGGUGUUAAAGUUCACAGCUAACCAUGGUUAUGUAUAGGCUCAUUUAUCCCCCUUCCUCUCCCCUGUAACUAUUUCCAAGGUUGUUUCUGUAAAUUAGAAUGUGUUCUCAGUCAACUUACGUGGUAAAAUAAGGGUAAAAAUCAAAUUUAAAAAUUAUGUAAAUUCCAGCUGAAAAACCGGUCUGCCAGAGCCAAGGCCUAGUGAGACAGAGGUGCAGGCCCAUGUAGAUGGAAACAGAAAAGUCUGAGCUUCUGGCUAAAACAGGAUAAAUCUUAUUUUAAAAUGUUGCCAUUAGAGGCCAGAGGUUAAUGCACAGAAUAGGCUGUGCAGGACAGUGUGUAGCAGCUUCUGACUGGUAAACCUCACACUGAUUGUACCCAUACUCCCUCAUUUACCAGUUACUGGGACUGGAUGUUCUUACUGGGACUGGAUGUUCUUAUUGGGACUGGAUGUUCUUACUGGAACUGGAUGUUCUUACUGGGACUGGAUGUUCUUACUGGGACUGGAUGUUCUUACUGGGACUGGAUGUUCUUACUGGAACUGGAUGUUCUUACUGGGACUGGAUGUUCUUACUGGGACUGGAUGUUCUUACUGGAACUGGAUGUUCUUACUGGGACUGGAUGUUCUUAUUGGGACUGGAUGUUCUUACUGGGACUGGAUGUUCUUACUGGGACUGGAUGUUCUUACUGGGACUGGAUGUUCUUACUGGGACUGGAUGUUCUUAUUGGGACUGGAUGUUCUUACUGGGACUGGAUGUUCUUACUGGAACUGGAUGUUCUUACUGGGACUGGAUGUUCUUACUGGAACUGGAUGUUCUUACUGGGACUGGAUGUUUUACUGGGACUAGAUGUUCAUGGAAUUCAAGACCGACAGUCUAAGAAGCCCUUCAAUACGAUGCAAUUACACUCCGUUUUAACUGUGGAUAUGCAAAGGGUACUAGCUUGUAAUGUCAAGGGGUAAUCUCAAUGUAUUUAGCACCUUAUCCAUGUCUGGUGGUAUAAAUAAAACAUUGUUUUGUCUCACAUUA